GAAAUAUUAUGUGUUACAUUUUCAAGUUAUUUUCAAUUUAAACUGUAGAUUUUAAGUAAAACAGGUUGAAAAAACACAAUGCCUAAAUGUUUUAUUAAUACUGUACGACCGCUAAUGGGAUUUUUCAUUCAUGAAACAGAUGAAAUAAGAUCUACUGCUCGAGGACCUAAAAUGUCUCUGAAAAAGCAAAAGAUAAUUUUAAAAGCAAACGAAACUAUUUAUCACGAUAAAGUUCCGAUAUCUACGCGAUUUUACCUGCAACUCCUAAAGAAAAGCCAAUUUCUCCCAAAUUUUGUAGAAAACGAGACAUACGAUUAUGCCUCAGAAAGUGAGAAAGCGGUAACAAUAUCAGAAUCGUCCAAAAAAUUGGUGAACCAAAAACGCGAGGUAACAGACAAAUCAACGUACAACCUUAGAUCAACUGAGUCUAAAACUCAGCGCAAAGUAUUUGCUGAAAAAACUCGUAGACGUAGAAAAAAAGCUAACUCAUCAAAAACUGCACAUUCGAAACCAGACGUCGUCGAACAAAAAAUAGAAUUUAAGAAAGUAGCCAGUAGUGAGCCUUUAGCGCCAAUCAUAGAAGAAAUAAAAAGUAGAGAGCCCCUGAAAGCAUUGAAAUGUUCCUUCAAAGGCUUUGAAAUCGAUAAAAUUGCUGAGAAAUUGAAAAGUCUUGUUCAAAAUAACAGCGAAGAUAAAUUAAAUCAGGAAUUAUUAUACUGCAAAGAGACUUUUGAUGUCGAAACCUUAAACGACGAUAAACAAAAAGAUAUGGACCCUAUUAAAGAUGAGUGCGAGCGUCGUCCGCGAGCCAACCACAUGUGUUCGUUCUGCGGGAAGAGUUUCGACCGGCCCUGGGUUCUGAAGGGCCACCUUCGACUGCACACUGGCGAGCGACCCUUUCCUUGUCCGCAUGCGCACUGCGGCCGGACCUUCGCUGAUCGUUCGAAUCUGCGAGCGCAUCAGCGUACACGUGGGCAUCACACGUGGGAGUGGCGAUGUCCGCAGUGUGGGAAGGCGUUCAGCCAGAACAGAUACCUGGAGAGGCACAAAGCGGAAGCCUGCAAGAAGUACAAAAUGAACACCCGCCAAGCGCACACGAGCUGUCAGUUAGCGAACGCGCCCGUUCCGUUGUACGGAAUGAUUUGCAGCAAGAAUCCUGUUUCUAAGUGUGAUAUGAAGUCCGUCGAAUAUAGCGAAGAGCCGAUUGAUUUAUCCAUCAAAAGAAACGUGAAAUUAAGCUUAGUUGUUACGUAAAUUUGUCUGUAAAAAACAGCUAUUUCUAAAUAUAAGUUUUUUAUUUAAAUGGAAAUGAACUUGAUGAAAUGGAACUGUCGGAUUUAUAUG